AAAGGUAAACCAAAAUUGAUUAUUAGAAAUAUGCCAUGGAGUUGCAGGGAUCCAACUAAGUUGAUCAAAAUUUUUGGUAGAUUUGGUACAGUUGUAGAUGCUCAUAUUCCUAGAAAAAGGGAUGGUAAACUGUGUGGUUUCGCAUUCGUUACUAUGAAGAAGAUCAGUAACUGUAAGUUAGCUUUGGAAAAUAGUAAGGAUCUAAAAAUUGAUGGUAGAUCAGUAGCUGUUGAUUUUGCCGUCCAAAAGAAUAGAUGGGAAGAUUACAAAUCUAACAAUCCCAGAAAUGAAGAACAAGAUGAAUCAGAAGAAGAAGAAUCCGAAGAGGGCUCAGAUGAUGAAUCAAAUGAAUCAGAAGAUGUCGAAAUGAAUUCAGAUGAAGAGCUCAGUGAAGAAGGAGAGGAGGAAUCGAAGGAAAAUACUCAAAAACAAGAUAGAAUCCAAAAGAAUAGAAGAGAUGAUUUUUCUAUUUUUGUUCGUAAUGUUCCAUAUGAUGCUACUGAAGAAUCUUUAGCGGAGCACUUCAGUAAAUUCGGUCCUGUUAAAUAUGCACUACCAGUUGUUGACAAGGAAACUGGUUUAGCAAAGGGUACCGCAUUUGUUGCCUUCAAAGAUGAAAAGACUUAUACAUUCUGUGUAAACAAUGCUCCAGCUGCAGGUGCUACAUCAUUAUUGAUUGAUGAUGACGUUUUACCUGAAUAUGUUUACGAGGGACGUGUACUAUCUGUUUCACCAACCUUACAAAGAGAAGAGGCCAAUAAAAUGGCUGAACACAAUGCUUCUAAAAGAAAGGAAGUUUUUGGUAAAGCUCCAGGCGAACGUGAUAAAAGAAAUUUAUAUUUAUUGAAUGAAGGUAAAGUUGUUGAAGGAUCUAAAUUAGCUUCUUUGUUAAGUACAAAGGAUAUGGAAAUCAGAGAGAAAUCAUACAAUUUAAGAGUUGAGCAAUUGAAGAAGAACCCAUCUCUUCAUUUGUCUAUGACAAGAUUGGCUAUCAGAAACUUACCAAGAGCCAUGAAUGAUAAAUCUUUGAAGGCUUUGGGUCGUAAAGGUAUUGUUCAAUUUGCUACAGAAGUCAAAGAUGGUGAAAGACAUCCUUUAAGUAAAGAGGAAAUUUCCAGGUCUACCAAAGAAAAAUAUAAGUUCAUGUCAGAAGAAGAAAUCCAAAGAGAAAAGAAAAAAGAUUCUAAACGUGGUGUAGUGAGACAAGCUAAAGUCAUUAUGGAAGUAAAAGGUUCGACAAUUGGUAGAAGUAGAGGUUACGGUUUUAUUGAAUAUAGAGAUCAUAAAAGCGCAUUAAUGGGUUUAAGAUGGUUAAAUGUACACCAAGUCACUAAAGGUGAAAUUCUAGAUGGCUUAACUGAAGAGGAAAAAAAGGCAUUGGACCCUGAAAAUUUGAAAGGUAGAAGAUUGUGUGUCGAGUUUGCCAUUGAAAAUGCAAAUGUCAUAAAAAGAAGAAGAGAGAAUGUGGAUAAGGCUAGGAAUUAUGUAAAGAGAAAUUCAGACGAAGUAGAUGAUAGUAAAACCUAUGAUAAGAGAGGUGAUUUCAAGAAACGGAUGCGUUUUGAUGACAGUAAAACCUACGAUAAGAGAGGUGAUUUCAAGAAACAGAAGCGUUUUGAUGACAGUAAAACCUACGAUAAGAGAGGUGAUUUCAAGAAUCAAAAGCGUUUUGAAGAUAGAGAAUCGGCUAAGACUGAUGAUAAGGAUUCAAAAGUUUCUGAUGAUGUAAAGCGUUUAAUUGGUUUCAAACGUAAGAAGAAGCGUUCUAAGAAAUAA